ACUAUCUGAACGACGUUAAGAAACGGUUGUACGAAGGAAUAGCCUACGAAUGGAAAUGGUUUUCAGAGAAAAUUAACAACUGUAUAUUUAUAGAAACUUGUUCGAAUUUUGACUUCGAUAUUUAUAAAAGGUGUUUUAACCGACACUUUUAAGCAUUUUUUAGGAUAUCGGUUCGUUUAGCUCCUUCUGACUGCUUGCUUCGGAAGGGCUGAGUUAAUUCUGACCAUGACGUUGACGGGGCUAUUGUUACUGUUGAUGCUUUGGAAUUCAGAAGGCAGUCGAAUGGCAGAGAACAGAGACGACAACAGUGUAUAUGAUCUUUUCGAGCUUGCGCAUGUCCACAAGAAGAACCACGGAGUGAGCCUUGUGAAGGGACCGGAUCCUUACAGUCCCGCUUACAAAAUCUUGAACCCAAACCUGAUCCCCGCAAUUCCAGAGCUCUCCUUCAGGGACCUAAUUUAUUCCAUUCAGGCAGAAAAGGGAUUCCUUUUCUUGGUUAACUUCAAGCAAGCCAAGAAGACCAGAGGCAGUCUUAUGACUGUGGAGAAAAAGGAUGGUUCAGGUCUCAUUUUUGAGAUUAUCUCCAAUGGAGAGGCUAACACUUUAGAUAUCGUUUACACCACAACGAACAGACAGCACGUGGUCUCAAUCGACGAUGCUCAUUUGGCAAGCGGCAACUGGAAGAACAUCACUCUGUUCGUGCAGGAGGAUCGCGCACAAUUGUAUGUUGGUUGUGAAGAGAUAAAUACAAUUGAACUGGACGUGCCUAUCCACCACAUUCUAACACAGGAGGCUGCCGAUAUUGCUACCCUCAGGAUCGGGAAAGGAGUAGUGCAAGACAGAUUUAUGGGAGUUCUCCAGAAUGUGCGCUUUGUUUUUAGAACAACUUUGGACACAGUGCUUCGCAACAUGGGAUGUGAGAGCUCUACUUUCAUCAUAGACAUCAUCACCCUAGACAAUCCCAUGAAUGGAUCCAGUCCAGCUAUCCGCACAGAUUACACUGGACACAAGACUAAAGAUCUCCAGGAUAUCUGUGGCUUCUCUUGUGAGGACUUGGCCAGCAUGUUUAAGGAGCUCAAGGGCCUUGGUAUGGUGGUUAAGCAGCUGUCAAAUGAGCUCCGCCAAGUGACAGCAGAUAACAAUUUAAUAAUGAACCAGAUCAAGAUCCAUAGUGGGGUGUGCUUGCAUAAUGGCAUUGUCUACAAAGACAAGGACGAGUGGACAGUGGACAGCUGCACCCAUUGUACUUGCCAGAACUCUGCCACGAUUUGCCGGGAAAUUUCCUGCCCGCUCAUGCCGUGUGCCAAUGCUACCGUGCCUGAUGGUGAAUGCUGCCCACGCUGUGGAACUCCGAGUGACUAUGCUGAGGAUGGCUGGUCACCCUGGUCUGAGUGGACCCACUGCUCCGUCACAUGCGGCCGUGGCAUCCAGCAGCGUGGCCGCUCCUGUGACCGUAUCAACAGCAACUGCGAGGGCACCUCAGUGCAGACCAGAGACUGCUACCUGCAGGAAUGCGACAAGCGCUUCAAACAAGAUGGAGGCUGGAGCCAUUGGUCCCCGUGGUCCUCAUGCUCAGUGACCUGUGGGGAGGGUGUGAUCACCCGCAUUCGCCUCUGCAAUUCACCCACCCCUCAAAUGGGUGGCAAAGACUGUCAGGGAGAGGGCAGACAGACAGAGCCAUGCCAGAUGUCUCCAUGUCCAAUCAAUGGAGGCUGGGGGCCGUGGUCACCUUGGGAUACUUGCUCUGUCACUUGUGGUGGGGGACUGCAGAGCAGACAUCGCCUCUGUAACAACCCUGUGCCCAAAUAUAAUGGGAAAGCAUGCGUGGGCGAUUCCAAAAGCACCCGCUUAUGCAACUCUCAGGACUGUCCCAUUGAUGGCUGUCUUUCCAAUCCUUGCUUCGCUGGCACUAAAUGCACCAGCUUCAUUGAUGGCUCAUGGAAAUGUGGAAAGUGCCCUGCUGGGUAUCACGGGGAUGGCAUCCACUGUGAGGACAUUGAUGAGUGUAAAGAGGUUCCUGACGCCUGCUUCACACUUAACGGAGUCCAACGUUGUGAGAACACGGAGCCAGGCUACAACUGUCUACCUUGUCCUCCUCGUUACUCUGGACCUCAGCCUUUUGGCAGGGGCAUAGAGAAAGCUAUAGCCAACAAACAGGUCUGCGUGCCGAGGAAUCCAUGUCAGGAUGGUACCCAUGACUGUAACAAGAAUGCCAAGUGUAUCUACCUGGGCAUUUUCUCUGAAAUCAUGUACCGCUGCGAAUGCAAACCUGGCUAUGCUGGGAAUGGUUACAUCUGCGGAGAGGACACUGACCUAGAUGGCUGGCCCAAUAAUGACCUCCAUUGCAUUCAGAAUGCCACCUACCACUGCAAGAAGGACAAUUGCCCAGACCUUCCCAAUUCUGGGCAAGAAGACUACGACAAAGAUGGAAUCGGGGAUGCUUGUGAUUACGAUGAUGACAGCGAUGGGAUUCCUGAUGAUAAGGACAACUGCCCAUUUGUCUUCAACCCAAGGCAGUAUGAUCAUGACCAUGAUGAAGUGGGUGACCGCUGUGAUAACUGCCCAUAUGACAGCAACCCAGACCAGACUGAUACAGAUAACAAUGGAGAAGGCGAUGCUUGUGCCAUUGACAUCGAUGGUGAUGGUAUUUUGAAUGAGAAGGACAACUGCCCAUAUGUAUACAAUGUGGACCAGAGAGAUAUGGACCGCGAUGGGGUUGGAGACCACUGUGACAACUGUCCGUUGGAACACAACCCUGAUCAGAUUGACUCUGAUUCAGAUAAUGUGGGUGACAAGUGCGACAGCAAUCAGGACAUUGACGGGGAUGGCCAUCAGAAUAAUCUGGACAACUGCCCAUACAUCCCCAAUUCAAACCAAGCUGACCAUGACAAGGACGGCAAGGGGGAUGCAUGUGACCAUGACGAUGACAAUGAUGGCGUGCCUGAUGACAAAGACAACUGCAGACUUGCUUUCAACCCAGACCAGUUGGACUCUGAUGGUGAUGGACGUGGUGAUGUCUGCAAAUUUGACUUUGACCAAGACAAUGUACCUGAUAUUGAGGAUGUUUGUCCAGAGAACUUUGCCAUCAGUGAGACAGAUUUCCGCAGGUUCCAGAUGGUUCCUCUAGACCCCACUGGAACAUCACAAAUUGACCCCAAUUGGGUAGUCCGCCACCAAGGAAAAGAGCUUCUGCAGACAGUCAACUGUGACCCUGGCAUUGCUGUUGGUUAUGAUGAGUUUAAUGCUGUGGACUUCAGUGGAACUUUCUUCAUCAAUACUGACCGAGAUGACGAUUACGCUGGUUUCGUGUUUGGCUAUCAGUCUAGCUCCCAUUUCUAUGUUGUGAUGUGGAAACAGAUCACACAGACCUAUUGGUCUCACACCCCCACAAGAGCCCAUGGCUACUCUGGACUGUCCAUUAAAGUGGUUAAUUCCACCACAGGGCCAGGAGAGCACCUUAGAAAUGCUCUGUGGCAUACCGGAGACACCCCAGGACAGGUGCGCACUCUGUGGCAUGACCCCAAGAAUAUUGGCUGGAAAGAUUACACUGCCUACAGAUGGCAACUAAUCCACAGGCCAAAAACCGGACAUAUCAGAGUUAUCAUGUAUGAGGGCAAGAAAGUCAUGGCAGAUUCCGGGAGUAUAAAUGACAAGACAUACUCUGGUGGAAGACUUGGCCUUUUUGUCUUCUCCCAAGAGAUGGUGUACUUCUCAGACCUCAAAUAUGAAUGCAGAGAUGUAUAAUGGGAUUGAUUGGGAAUUCCCUGAAGAAUGUGCCUACCCUAUUUGUCUUCAACCUAUUUAAAUAUGUUGUGUAUGUUCUGGGACAAAGCCUUAAUGACUAUUUCCUAUUAUGGGACCAAAGGACUUAAAGGUCAGGGCAUGUGGCCUUGGGACUGACAUGAGGUGUUAUUUGGAUGAGGACCAUAGAUCCCUGCAGCAAAGGCAUGGAUAUUUCUGCAAGGAACCACAAAGAACCAUUUAGUCUUCUGAAUUUCUAAACUGGUCAGGUUCCCCCUCCUUUUUGGAGGACAAAAUGGAAAAGUUAUUGUCUGUAAUUGCAAAGUUAAACCUCACAUCUGCUGUGGACUAUAAUUAUGAAAGGAAAAAACCUCUUAGAAAAUUAAGAAAACAAAUAGGAGUUCCACUUGUUUCUAGUGGGUUUCCACCCCCACAGAGGAACUGUUGAGAGAGGAUGCUUGGGAUGGUGUGAACAGAUAUGGACUGUAACUUUGAGAAUGAGUGUUUUGAGAAUGAAUUCUGUGUAUUUUUGUCGCAAACACCCCAGACUUAGAGACUUGUCUUGCUUUUUCAAUCAGGUUAGUAUGCCAGUUCCAUAAAAAUUGGAUUAGAAUUCAAUUCACUACCAAAAGAUUUUGUAGCUCAUUCAUGUUCUCAGGGUUAAAAUGACCUUUGUCAUCAUCGUUUCAAAGCAGAAGUGUAGGUCCCAGAGGAUUAUUAAAAAAUAUAUGUCAAAAUAAGAAAAAGGUCACUGCAUGUUACUGAGGUGUAGCAAGCAGAUGUUUCAGUCACAGGCAUGUUUAUAUUGUUGACAGAGCUUGGACAGACCUUGAAGUAUUUCUCAUCUUCUCUCAUCUCAUAGUAACUUACCACUACAAAAUUCUAUAACAUUGAAGAACAAACUGCACACUUGGGGUAUAAUUUCCUUAAUUAUGUAUUAAAUAGUAGUGUUUUAAUAUUUAUCAAAAUCAGAGCAGAUUUAUAGUUUUUGUCCCUUAGCUUUCUAGCACAGAGUGCCUGACUAGUGCAGAUGAGUAUGUUAACAACAAAGGAAGAUAAAUAUACAAAUAUUACCUCAUUGUUGUACAAUUGAAACCAACUAAAAUACAAAUAUUCUAGCUGCAGAUUAUAAAUGUUGGCUUCCUUAGUUACCAAAUGUAGUACAAUCAUAUAUUUUUCAAAUGUAUAUAGUAAAUUUUUGGAGCUUUAAAUACCCCAACAGGGCAUAAAUGGAUUUUUAAAUUAUGUCGUGCUUAAUGAAUGAAUGAUGCAUUUUAAAAGAAUAAGUUAUUAUUGUUUGUAGCUGUUUUAAGAAAUAAUUUCAUGUGUGUACAUAUAUGCUAUUUAAAUAAUUUAUCAGGAAGUGUGACCUGACAUUGGAAGUUUUUUUGUCUGUAUAAACUGUUUGCACAAUGAUUUAAGGAUGUUUUUAUUUUUGUUUGUUGUGUAUUUUGGGACCCCCCCCCCCCUUUAUUUUUUUUUUACAAUUAAAGUUACCUUGAAUUAUAAUAUUACAAUUUUAUCCAACAAAAUGCUGUUUUUACUCAUAUCACUUAUUUUUUAAAGAACAACAAAACAAUAAACAGUUUAAAAAAUAAA